CCCAUCCUCCUCCGCCAGAUUUAGCUGCUGACAGCUGCUGGGGACCCUGCCGCCAGGCCUGGUCCAGACAACUGCCUCUCCUCUCUCCCCCUCUAAGUCCUGAGCCGCAGCCCCUCCAUGGCCCAGAAGGAAGAAGCCUCUGCAGCCGAAGCGUCCGCCUCCCAGAAUGGAGAGGACCUGGACAACUUGGAGGACCCUGAGAAGCUGAAGGAGCUCAUCAAGCUGCCACCCUUUGAGAUCGUCACAGGAGAGCGGCUGCCUGUUAACUAUUUUAAGUUCCAGUUCCGCAAUGUGGAGUACAGCUCUGGGCGGAACAAGACAUUCCUCUGCUAUGUGGUGGAGGUGCAGGACAAGGGUGGCCAAGUGAAGGCCUCCCGGGGCUACCUGGAAGACGAGCAUGCCACUGCCCAUGCCGAGGAAGCCUUCUUCAACACCAUCCUGCCGGCCUUCGACCCGGCCCUGCGGUACAACGUCACCUGGUACGUGUCCUCCAGCCCCUGCGUGGCCUGCGCUGACCGCAUCAUCAAAACCCUGAGCAAGACCAAGAACCUGCGCCUGCUCAUCCUGGUGGGGAGGAUCUUCAUGUGGGAGGAGCCGGAGAUCCAGGCUGCUCUGAAGAAGCUGAAGGAGGCUGGCUGCAGGCUGCGUAUUAUGAAGCCCCAGGACUUCGAGUAUGUCUGGCAGAAUUUCGUGGAGCAGGAAGAGGGCGAAUCCAAGGCCUUUCAGCCCUGGGAGGACAUUCAGGAGAACUUCCUGUACUACGAGGAGAAGUUGGCAGACAUCCUGAAGUAGGCCGCUGGGCUCCGCCUCA